AUGAAGCACUUACAGCUCCUUGAUGCGAGCUUAAGACAGGUCCCACAGCAUGGCUACACCACGCGAGCCUUUAUAGCCGCCAUACAGUCAGAUGCGACGCUGCCACAGUACAAGGCCACGACGCUCCAUGCUAUCUUCCCCUCGCGGCCGCCUAUCACUCAUCUCACCGAGCGCAUCUCGAAACCAGUCCAUCAGGAGCCUGUCGGACCUGCUCGAGCACUCUUCCAGCGAUGGCUUGACCUUGGCAGGGAGGACAUGGAGCAACACUUGUUCGACUGCCCGCAAAAGACGCAAGAGAGCAUCUUCAGCUCAGGCUUGCAUAGGAGGCUAGAGUACAGCCAGACCGGCCUUGAGCAUCUCCCACAGGGGUUGAAGCUUUUGAGCGCGCCCAGUGCACAUGGCGACGACUUUCUGCCAGUACAUGUACCGCUUCCAGACCCGAGGCCGGCUAUGGAUCUCGCCAGAUCACUGUGUCGAGCCAGUGGCAACAAGGAACAGGGCACCGAUUGGUAUAGCACCCGUCUGAGGCUCGUCACCAUAUACGGUCUGUGCGAGCUGCACUUGCUCGGCACUCAGUCGCUCUCACGCACACAUGACCUACUGGAUGCUUUGCUGCUCGGGUCCGCAUCGAGCUCGAAUCCAGGCGAUGUCUCGUUUCUCACGUUCGUCGGAAAGAGUUGGCAAGGCAUACUAAGGUCACGCUACUUUUGA